AUGGCGGAUUCAGGCCAUCCUGAAACCCCUAAGGGACACACAGGCGGGAGGUGGCCUGGAGUCGGGACGCAGCACGAGACUCUGCGGCAGAAAUACAGUGAGGAGGGGGAAAUAAACUCAGCGGCGACGAAGCUUAGCCGACGCCGCCCCAGCGAAACUCCUCCCAAACUCCUCCUCGUCCCCCUUCCGGGUGGCGUGGGUCCUCCCGCGCGCCCGAACCCAGAGCGGCGCGCUCCGUUCGCCCCGCGCGCCCUCGCGAUCCGGCAGCCCCCGCCCGGCCCCCUGCAGCCGAGGGGAGCCCCCUGUCUCUUUCCCGAGAGGGAGAAGCGGAUGGGACCUCCGGGAGCCGGGCAGAGGGCGCCCCGAAGCGCGCACCUCUCUUCGCCAGCGCCGGGGCUGCGCCGGCCCACGCGACAUCUGUCGCCCGCGCUCCCGGCUCACACCCUGCGCACCCCCGCAGCUCCCCGGGCGUUGCCACCCCCCACGCUCCGGCUGCCGCCUCUCCCUGCAGGCGCCGCGCCAGCUUCCCAGGGUGUUGGCGCACCGCGGGGCUCGGCCGCGACCCGAGCGCUCGGCGUCUGCGGGCCGUGA